UCGAAAGUAGAUCGCAUUUUCAGUUUGCACCGAAACAACAACAUAUUUGUAAAAGAAUUCAUAAACACAAUGGCCGUAGUAUUUGACUUGAAAAGGUGCACAGAAGCCUGUAACUUGAAGGUCGGGGAAUCUGCCGACCUUUCACCGUUCAAAGAUAAAGGAAUAGUAAAAGAAUUGUUAACACAAGGGAUAGGGGGCGAAUACCCGGAUGACGGUGACAAAGUUUUCUUCAAGUAUACCGCAUACUUAGGCGAUAAAAGGAUAAAGGAAAGAAUUUUUGACUCAACAGAGAAAGACGGAAAACCGUUUGAAUAUGAGUGCUUAAAAGGCAAGGUAAUCAGAGGUUUUGAAUUGGCAGUGUUGACCAUGAAGCCAGGAGAAAGAUCAUUGAUACACAUUAAACCGGAGUAUGGGUUCGGUAAAAGUGGUGCUCCCCCAAGAGUCCCUGCAGACACCGAUAUUCUCUUUGAUACGGAAAUCAUCAAAGUAGAGUGUGCAGACAUAUCGACAGAGCAAGAUAAAUCUGUGCAGAAAAAAGUGUUAGUCAGAGGGAAAGGUUUCCUCCAUACAAACUAUGGAUGCCCAGUAGAGAUACACAUCAAGGGAAAGUGUGGUAAGCGAGUGUUUCUGGACAAAGAUGUCAAAUUUAAUAUGGGUGAGGGAUCAUCUGAGGAGAAUGGCCUUCCACCAUUUAUUGAGCGCUAUCUGGAACACUGGAAGAUUGGCGAGGAAGCACGUGUUAGCUUCAAAGCUAGACAGGCUUAUGGAGAAGCGGGCUGUGAGAAGUAUAAAAUCGGGCCCAACAAGGAUCUCACGUUCUGGAUACACAUGAAAACAUUCGAAAGGGUCAAGGAAUACUGGGAGAUGGACUACAAAGAAAAGAUGGACAAAAGUGUCGAGUACAAGGAAAUGGGGAAUAAAUACUUUAAGAAAGGGGAGUACCAAUUAGCGUCUACGAUAUACGAGGAGAUGCUCGACUAUGUAGAGCACGACCUGUGUAUGGAGGGUGAGAAUGAGGAGAGAAGGCGCGAUUUAGUCGUCGUUGGCAAUCUGAACCUGGCACAAGCCUACCUGAAGGUUGGGAAAAACUCCAAAGCUCGCGAUUGCUGUGAUAAAGCUCUCACAUUUGAUGGAAACAAUAUAAAGGCCUACUACAGAAGGGGCAUGGCAAACUUUGCAGAUGGAGAGUAUGAAACGGCAAAGGAAGACUUCCAAAAAGUGUUGGAGGUUGAACCACAACACAAACCGGCAAAAGACCAGAUUGAUAAAUGCAUAAUCAAGAUGGCUGAAAAGCCAAAAAGUGACAGAGAGCUUGCUCGCAAGAUGAUGUCUGGCAUCGGAAAACAAUUUGGUGAUAAUGGCAGCAGGAAUGAUGGCUCUUAAGGAUGAACUGGCCGCGAUUGGGGACCUCAGCUCCAGCGACAGUGAAAACAAUCACCGCAUUAGAAGCUGUGUAACACCACCAGGUCUUGGGUUGGGUUAGCUCCAGCUCUUGGGGCAAAUAACCUUCGGUGUUACCAGAGACUAUGACCCCCAGGGGGCGUGAUAAGGGAUAGUUUUGUGGGUGGGAUUGAUGGUUGUUAUUGGCAGGUUACAAUGACAAUUGUGUUAACUGUGAUAUUUAGUUUGAAAUUUCCGUUUGUGUGUCUCCACUGUGUGUAUCCAUUAGACAUGUUGCACAGUGUAUAAAAUGAUGUAAAUGUUCACAUACGGAAUUGUCCACUAGGUUGUGAAUACAUGCCUAGAAGUCUAGCGAGAUUUUUACUCUGUAUAAUGAGCUAUAAGCACUAUGAAAUAUAUAAUUCAUAUGAAUGCUUCUAGCAAUGCAUUUAAUUACAUGUGCAUUGUAUGUAUAUGUAUUAGGUAAGUUUGUUGUUGGUUGAUUGUUUAUGUAAAUUGAAUAACAUUUAAUUGUCUAUUUAGUGAUGUUUUACUUUCAGCAUAUCAGGAAUACACACAUUGUACCUUGGUGUGUCACAAAAGUUAUUUGACGCCUUUAACAUUUCGAAAACUUCUGAUUUGAAGAAUGUUAUACAGCAUAUUAUACUUCCUAAAAGUUCAAUUCAGUGCCUUUCUUGGUUUUAUCCCCACAUUUUUUUAAGUAAUAAACGUGUGUUUUUCAACCUAACUGGUCAAUUCCGUUUCGAUACAUGAUAUUUCGACAGACACAUGCAUUACAAAAUCCGACGGUAUGUUGAAUACGACAGUAACUCUACAAUGACGAUUUGUCGACGGCCGACCACCUUUUAACAAUAAGACCAAAUGUCGUCAUACUAGGCAAAAUGUUCAAUACGCCCAAUUUUAGACAUUUCACUAACAUUUGUAUAUGACAGAAUGACUCAACGAAAAGUCAUGUGAGCGUCCAUUUAAAUGCUAUCAAAUGGAUCAGUGUACAGUACAUAAGAACAUAAACUUCACAUUUAGAGAGUUGAGUAUUACAGCAUGGAUAGUCUUCAAAAUGUAUUUAACCCUUUUUUCUGAUGUACCCCAAACAAAUCGUCUACAGAACGUUACUUUUGUGAUCAUUUCCGACAUGUCUCUUUGUCUGUAAUGCUAUUAGUUGUCUAUACCAUAUCAAUGUAUAAAUGCUUCAAAUAAGAAGAGAUGUCUCAAUAUACGCUCAAAGCUCUAAGCUGUUCAAACGCUGUUUCCUGUAUGUAUACUUGUUAUAUGCUGAUGUAUUAAUAUCAUAUGAAUAAAUGAUGUUUAA